UAAACCAUUCAUAAACUCGCUCAAAAAAGUGACAGAAGAAAACAACAGAGAGUGUGAGAGAAUGGGAACUCGUCGUAGAAGGAGAAGCGAAGAAGAAGAAUCAGCUUCUUCUGACGGUGAAGAUGGCGGCGCAGCCACCACCGAAACCAAAACGGAGAAAACUAACGGUGACGAAGGUGUUGUCGUUUCAGGUUCAUCAUCGCAUUACGAACGGAUUAGGGAACAAAGGAUGGAAGAGAACGCUGAGAGAAUGCAUAAGCUUGGUUUGUUAAAGCUUUCUGGUAACCUCAAGAAAACACCAAAACCGCGCCCCUCCGUCAAGAAAAACUCGUUACCAUCCAACGAAUCUGAAAGACGUUCUUCUAGACUAUCGACCCUACCACCAGUUAACUAUUGUUCCAAGCGUCCUAAAGCAGAGCGUCAAGAAAGUUCAUCAAGUAAGAAAAGGAAGGAAGUAGAAAUUCAUAUACCAGAAGGCACAAACCCUGAAGUUUACACUGAAGAGCAUGAGAAGCUGCUAGGAGAUUGUGAGACUGAUUGGGAAUUGUACGUGGAUGGAUAUGAUGAGGAUGGGGACCAUAUAUAUGAUCCAACCAAGGGAGAGAAAUGUCAUCAAUGCGGGCGCUUAACUGUUGCUCAGCUGACCGAUUGCAACAAAUGCGAAUUACCCCAAGGACGGCUUUGUGGAGAUUGCCUCUACACAAGAUAUGGAGAAAAUGUGACAGAAGCCAAUAUCAAUCCCAAGUGGACUUGCCCUUCUUGUCGAGAAAUUUGCAAUUGCAAUAGCUGCCGCAGGAAAAAUGGUUGGUUGCCUACUGGUAAUAUAUACAAUAAGGUGACGAAAUUGGGUUUCAAAUCUGUUGCUCAUUAUCUGAUUAAGACCCGUCGCUCUGAGGAAAGCAUGGAAGGACCAGGUGCUGAAAAUAAUGUUGCCAAAGAAAUACCAGAGAUCUCUCCAGAUUCAACACUGACUAGGACACUGAGUAGGCCAAUUCGGACGAGAAGGGCUCUGAGAAGUUAAAUAGAUGAUCACAUGAGUGCAAAGAACAGAAACAACAUGCCUUAAUGGCUUGUACAUCUACAUGAAGAUGGCGAUACUAUGUUUUGUAUAUGAAGACAAGUUGUUGGUUUUCUUAUUUUUAUUUGAAUUCUAUGCAAGCUUAGGCCAUUUAACUAAAAGUCUAAAACAGUUUGCAGCCCUAUGCCCUGAGUUUUGAUAACAUUCUUGUGUGAUUGCGCUUAACUUUUAUGCAGUUUUACAGAGCAUUAAGGGCUGUGUAAAGAAAAUAUAUAUUAAUGAUUAAGUUUCUUGAUCCUA